AUUUGUUCAAAAGUAAAUGUUUUAUUGUUACUUUUCUAAUAGGAACCACUCACCAAGAGCCAAAACCAUACCCAAAUAUAUUUUCGUGUCUUAACACAUGGCAUGCGUUAGCAAUUAAUAACGCACAUAUCUGCCAUCUAGCUUAGUUGUAAUUAAAUACAUUUAUACCUGUUAGGUUACCCCACCCCUAGUCAAGCCAAAUUAAUUUCUCAUUUGAUUGUCCACCGACAACUAGUAGUCGCUUUCCCUAAGUUGCAAUUUAUAUACUUUCGUGUAUGCAUCCAAAAGAUGAAUGUUCUUACCAAAAAGACGUUCAAAAAUAUAAACUGUAUUUAUUAUUGUUUUAAAUGGAUAUAUAUUUUUGCAUAUUAUGCCGGUUGCAUUUGUUUCCAACUACGCGAAAGAGCUUUCCAAUUCACGAAAUGCAGUAUUGCGUACACUAACUUCAUACGGAUAGCCAUAUUACUUGGCUUUGUGGGAAGCAUGAUAGUUAAAUGUUUGGACAAUGAAAGUUCCAAAGCAAUGUUGGAUCGUUUGUCGCCUGUUUUGAAAUUAACACUCGCCUUGGAAUGUUUUAUCAGUGCUAUUACUUACGCGGUGGCCAGUGCAUCGAUGGAAAAAAAUAAAUACAAGCUGAUGCGGUUAAUGCAAAGUUUCCAAGUGCUGGAUCACAGAAUGCAGAUUGAGUUUCCCUACGUUAAUUGGAAUUAUCACAAGACAGAACGGAAGUUUACUUCAAUUACGUUAUUUUUAAUCGCUUACUACUAUAUUGUUGCAUUUAUUUAUGUAUUCAAAUUAGCGAAUUGCAAUUGCGAUUAUGCUACAACAAUUGUGUUUGCCCUGAGCUAUGCAACGCUCACAUCUGCGCCAGGUUUUAUAACAUUUUUAAAUCUGGGCUUGAUGGAUUUACAACGCAUCCGUUUUCGCCUUAUUCGACGUCUGCUGAAACAGAAUUAUGCGUCAGCAGCUCAUAUCACAGGACAAACAGAAUUUGAAAUGCGCCUUGCGCGCCUUAUUAACUAUUGUAAGGGUUACAUUCAACUCGUUUUGCAAAUGAAUGAUGUGUUUGGCGUAGCGUGCGGCGUUGAUUUAUUUCAUGAUUUCGCUAUACUAACAAGCAUGACGUUCUUGGUAUGCCAGAGAGCGACUGAAUCAAAUGCCCGUCUCGAAGAAUACACCUCUACAUUAUUAUUUAUGCUACCACGAAUGUAUAAGGUAACGAUUUAUACGAUCUAUGGAUAUGUGGCACACAAGGAGCGGCAAAAUUGCACUCAUGAAGCUAUAAUGUGUGGAAACUAUUUUAGGCGCUCCAAGGCAAUCCGCUAUAACUUGGAAGCAUUUCUCCAUUGGCGAAUGCACAACACAUAUUCGCUUUUGAUUGGCAAAGUGACGCGGUGCAAUCUUGCACUACUUUGCUCAAUUUUUAAUAGUAUCAUCAGCAGCGUUAUUAUUUUAAUACAACUGCAGUUCCAACAGAAUAGCAUUACCACCACUCGUUUGAAGAAACACGGCAUGAUGUAUACCGGAAUCCGGAAAUCGUGA